AUGGCUGCGCGCGGGACUCCGCCCUCCGCUCCCGGCUGAGGCGCUCGGCGGCGGCGGCGGCGGCGGCGGCCCGGGGCAGCGGCGGCAAUGGCCGAGCUGGAGCACUUGGGCGGGAAGCGGGCUGAGUCGGCGCGGGCGCGGCGGGCCGAGCAGCUGCGGCGCUGGCGGGGCUCGCCGACUGAGCAGGAGCCCGCUGACCGGCCGGGCGCGGGGCCGCAGGCUCGGCGCGGGGGCCCGCGGGUCCGCUUCGAGGACGGCGCUGUGUUCCUGGCCGCCUGCUCCAGCGGGGACACCGACGAAGUGAGGCGGCUCCUGGCCCGGGGCGCCGACGUGGACACGGCCAACGUGGACGGCCUGACCGCGCUGCACCAGGCCUGCAUCGACGAGAACCUGGAUGUGGUGAAGUUUCUGGUGGAGAACGGAGCCAGCGUCAACCAGCAGGACAACGAGGGCUGGACGCCCCUGCACGCGGCAGCGUCCUGUGGCUACCUCAACAUAGCAGAGUAUUUCAUUAACCAUGGAGCCUGCGUGGGCAUCGUCAACAACGAAGGCGAAGUCCCCUCUGACCUUGCGGAAGAGCCUGCCAUGAAGGACCUUCUUCUGGAGCAGGUGAAGAAGCAAGGGCUGGACCUCGAGCAGGCGCGGCGGCAGGAGGAACAGCAGAUGCUGCAGGACGCCCGCCAGUGGCUCAACAGCGGCAGGAUCGCCGACGUGAGGCAGGCGCGCUCGGGGGCCACUGCCCUGCACGUGGCUGCGGCCAAGGGCUACUCCGAGGUCCUCAGACUUUUGAUUCAGGCUGGCUAUGAGCUCAAUGUCCAGGACCACGACGGCUGGACCCCUCUGCACGCGGCUGCGCACUGGGGCGUGAAGGAGGCCUGCUCCAUCCUGGCAGAGGCCCUCUGCGACAUGGAUGUCAGGAGCAAGCUGGGCCAGACGCCGUUCGACGUGGCUGACGAGGGCCUGGCGGAGCACCUGGAGGCGCUGCAGAAGAGGCAGGGCGUGCUUCGAAGUGAAAAAGAGACACGGGAUAAGCUCAUCGAAUCAGACCUGAACAGCGAGCUGCACAGUAGACUCUUCAAGAACAAAGAGAAGAUGCUCUGUGAGGAGGAGACGCCCAAGUCCCAGCGAGCAGAGGAGGAGAGCAAAGAGUCCAGCAGCUCCAGCUCCGAGGAGGAUGAGGGGGAGGACGAGGCCUCGGAGUCAGAGGCCGAGAAGGAGGCGGGGGACCCUGAGGCCGUCCGUCCGCAGAGCAUGGGGGGCCGCCGCGUGUCAGAAGGUGGCGGGCCGGGCGCCGUCCCCAGCCGUCCCAGCUCUGACUGCAGGAGCAGCGUCGCGGAGCGGACCCCCGCAGCGCCGCAGAGCGCCGUCCCCGCCUCUGCAGCCAGGAGACCCUCCAGCCUCUUCAGCAAGCCGGAAGAGACCAGGGACGAGUCUCCAUGUUCGUGGAGGCUGGGCCUCAGGAAGACCGGCAGCCAGAAUGUGCUGAGUGAGGCCGCCGGGGCCAGGGAGGCCCUGCGGGACCGGGGCGCGUCUGUCCACCGCUCGGCCUCCAGCCCCCGCAUCUCCACGCUGACGGACAGCAGAGAAAAGGAGAGAGAAGCCAGAAGCUCCUCGAGUUCACUGGGGCUGCGGAGGCCGGGCAGCACUAGCGACCUUGAAGAGAAGGAGAACAGAGAGUCGGCUGCUAACCUGGUGUGCAGUGGCUCCCAGCCCCGGCAGCCCUGGAGGGACGCAGCCAAGGGGAGCGAGGCCCCGCAGACGGCCGCUCCCUCCACCUACGUGUCGACCUUCCUGAAAAGGACCCCUCACAGGUCCCAGGCCGACUCCACGGCAGAGAGAGCCGACGGCAUCGCCUGCAGCAGCCCGCUCUGUGUGAUCACGAACCGCCCCCCGCCCAGCACUGUCCGCGGGGCUCCAGCUGCCGCGCCGCUCUGCGCCCCUGGCCCUGAGCCCUCUGCGGAAGCCGGGCAGAGGAGGAGGUCGUAUCUGACUCCUGUCCGGGACGAGGAAGCAGAGUCCUUACGGAGGGCACGCUCCAGGCAGGCUCGGCAGACUCGAAGGUCUACCCAAGGCGUCACCCUCACGGACCUUCAGGAAGCGGAGAGGACGUUCAGCCGGUCGAGGGUAGAGCAUCAGGCUCAGGAGCAGCCCAGCCUGAAGCCCGUGGGUCCCGGAGUACUUGAGGGCGGCCCCCGGAAGCACGAGCCCUUGGCGGCCCCUGCCCAGGAAGCCGGGGAGAGCCACCAGCCCUGGGGCCGGAGCCCGGAGGGAGAGCGUCCAGGUCAGCCCGAGCAGCCCACGGCGCCGGCGUCCCCUUCCGCCCCGAGACCCUCGCUCUACACCAGCUCCUACCUGCUCCGGACGGGUGGGUCCUCUGCACCUGCCGCCCAGAGCUCAGAGCCCCCCGCAGGCACUCCCGGGACGCGGGACAUGGACAGAAACGAGGGCGGAGAAGCAGAGCCGGGCGACCAGUCCUCCGGCAGGAUGUCCGUCCGAGAGAGGAGGCGGCCCCGGGAGCGCCGGCGGGGCACGGGCAUCAACUUCUGGACGAAGGACGAAGAUGAAACGGAAGUCCCGGAAGAGGUGAAGAAAGCGUGGCGUGAGCGACUCUCCAGGCUGGAAUCUGGAGGCAGCGACGCGUCCACUGAGCGGGCCUCAGCCAGAGCCCGCCGGGAGGCCCGCGAGGCCCGCCUGGCCACCCUGAGCAGCCGCGCGGAGGAGGACGGCGGCAGGGGCUACAGGAAGCUCUACGAGAGCGCCCUGACCGAGAACCAGAAGCUGAAGACAAAACUUCAGGAGGCCCAGCUCGAGCUGGCGGACGUGAAGUCCAGGCUUGAGAAGAUGGCCCAGAAGCAAGACAAGACACCGGACCGGUCGUCGGCCCUGGAGACGGAGAAGAGGGAGAGGCGGGCCCUGGAGCGGAAGAUGUCGGAGAUGGAAGAGGAAGUGAAGGUCCUGACGGAGCUGAAGUCCGACAACCAGAGGCUGAAAGACGAAAACGGCGCCCUCAUCAGGGUCAUCAGCAAGCUGUCCAAGUAGGCCAGGCCCCGGGCUGCUGGGGACGGCCCGUGUCUGCACCCGCCGGCCGAGCUGGGGCCUGCCUCUGGCCGCCAGCCGCCCAGCCCCCCCACCCCGGCUCAGACAGUUCCCAUCAAGGCACCGCAGCGACCCUCAGCCGGCUGGGCAUCCAGAGGCGGCUCGGGGUUGCCAGGCCCGCCUCGGACCCGGCCUCCCGCUGCCCGGCCGCUCGCCCCUGCCACCCAGGAGCCGACUCUCCUCUGAGCCCACACGGCGAUGCUGGCGGCGGCAGCUCUUCUGGCUGUGGCAGCACCUGCCCCGAGCUCGGGCGGCCUGGCUCAUCCCCGAGUCGGUGCUGUUACAGUCCGUCCUUGGUGCCCCCGCUGCGCGUGCCCGGGGCGUAGAUGCUGGACAGUCCCCAAGCCCCGCAGUCUGUCCAGGCGCUCACGCCACGAAGCCGGGCCGGGCUCUCAGCGCGCCUGUCCCCCCAUCACAGUUUCUUCACGAGAAAACCUGGGCUCUGAGCACCCCACCUGCCUCGCUCCCUCAACCCGAUUUCCUGUCCUGAGAGAAGCAACACCUUCGUGAGGGCUUCUGAGGGGCGCGGGGCGGGCUGCUGGAGGCGGGCUGCUGGAGGCGGGCUCGCUGGAGGCGGGCGUGAGUGGGGCCCACGAGGAGACCGGCCUCAAGGACGCUGACUUGGCGACUCUGGGCGUGUGUGGGGAGAGGCGCUCGCUCGCUUAGGAGCAGGAGGAGCCCAGGCUCCGGCAGGGCCAGGGCCCCCCUCCACAGCCGUGUCCAGGGACCCCACCCCGGGUCAGGGAGCUUUGGGGGUUGUACCUUGAUCACUUGCAAGCUGGGAGACGCUGAUAACCAGAAAGGUUCCGGGUGGGAGCAGAGGUCUUCUUGAGGCCCCCCGUCACGUGCUAGCCCUGCCGUGUGUGGUUAGGGACCCGAGGCACCAGCGGCUCCCUGGCCCAGAGCUCAGUCCCCACGUGGCCGGCUCCCUGCUCGUCCCAGCGUGGCCGCCUCCCUGGACAGAAGCCUGGAUGAACCGCCCCCUCAGUCCAGGGCAGAGUUGGGUCCUGAGUCCUUGGUGAUGCCUUGGUGUUAAUACUGAGGCCCGUGCUUUCUGUCAGAGUUCCGUCCCUCGGCUGGUGUGAGCGUGCAGGUCAGCUUUGGGGCUGCUGUUGACGUCUGGUGUGUAGCUGUCAGCAAACACUACCUCUGUCUGAGAAAAUGGCAGAGUGCUCCAGCUCCUCCGUGGCCCUCAGAAGCUCCCCGUGCUCCUUAACCCAGAGCUUUCGAUCACAGUCCCGGCUCCAGACAGGAGGUCUGUCUCCUGGGGAAAAACCACAUUCUCAGGGCGGGCAGACCCUUCCCCGUGCGCACGAUGGGGAGGGGUCUGACAGUGGGGACAGGCGGGCCGGGAACGUCAGAGGAACCUCCAGUCUUCAAUGCACCAGCCCUUUGUUCUGGAGGACCCACAGGGGCCCUAGACCCUGACCCCCAGUACCGGGCUGGCACGGCCCUGCCUCUUUUUCAGAAGAAGGAGGCUGAGUGUGAGGGGUCACCCCACCCUUCUCACAGCGGGCAGAGGAGAUCCGGCUGUGCCUUCUUGCGGGCACCUCCCGCAGCCCUCGUGUGUCCGACAGGCCCCAGCUCAGGAGGGUGGGCCCUGUGGCCGGAGCCGCAGUCUCAGGCACGGCCUCACGCAGCUCAUUCUGUAGGGGACCCUAAAUCUGGUCUCUUUCUGGGCCUUGUGGGUUGUAAGGUGGUGGCCAAGGCCUCCUUGCUGCCCCUGGGACUCCAACCCGUUACCACGGCGCCUGAGUGGGAGGUCGGCGCCUGGGAGGGUCCUUGUCAGGGGCGGUUUGCAGUUUUCCAGGGAGGCUGCUCGUCUGGGCCUGACGACCAGGCCUCCAGCUGCAGCCUGGCCCCUUCGCCACCCUGUCCCCGAGGCCGCUGCUCCCGGAUGCGAGGAUUGGGCCUCCAUCUCCCCUCCCCCACAGGGCGCUGGCUUCCCCGGCCCCCACCCCCGCCUGACUGUGUGAUCUGCCCAGACGGACAGACAGACGUCAGGGUUUCAGCCAGGCUGCUGGCACGGGAGCCUGACGGGGUGGGCGCUGCUGUGGGUGUGAGGCAGUGGAGACAGUACGGAGAGGCUUCCCAGGGCCCCAGCCCGCGUGCCUCCAAGGGGGAGCCUCAAGACUUCACAGCUGAGCCAGCAGGGAGGGCCCAGCUCCAGCCGGCAGGGGAGCCCCUGGCACCCCGCCUCUGGACGGGGCGGGCAUAGGCGGUCCUCCCGGUCAGGGCCAGUACCGAGCGCUGUCCCCAUGCUGAGCUUCGGGGCAGGUGUCGGCACCUGGGGGUGAGUCCUCGGGCACUGUGAGAAGGCAGGGGUGCAACAGGAGGAAGCAGCUGGAAGGACAGGGUCGGUGGUUGGGCCCCGGGCCCGCGCCCACCCUGGGCAGCCGUGCUGCCGUCUGAAGGGGCUGGAGUGGCCUGGGUCGGGUCUCUAGACUGAGAGUCCGUGGUUUUUUGAUUCCUAAGGAGACCAGAUAGUUCUCGCAGUCCGAUUCUGCUCAUUCUAACUUCAUAAAUCCAUGUUUUCUUCUCCAUUCAAACUGUUGAAGCGUGUGUCUAAGCGGGAGAGUGAAUUCAGCGUGGAGGGCAGGCCCCCCUGGUGGCCGGGUGAGCCUCUGGACAAGCGGCCCUCCCAGGAGGUGGUGCGGCCCCUGGUGGUCUCGAGCUGUGCUUCUGCCCAGCGGCCGCCCCGUCUUAGCUCUGCCUUAGGCCUGCAGAGGACCGUCUUGGAUGGGAACCAGCCUCAGUCCUGGGGGGCCGUCGGGGCUGUCCCGGGCCGAGGCAGGUCCCUGCCCGGAGCAGGGCUGCAGGACGGAGCUUGCGGGCCCCUCAAGGACUGCGCCUGUCACCCGUGCUGACUCCCUGGGGCCCGGGAGCUGUCAGCGUUGCGGCUCCUGGGGAGUGAGCAGGCUCUGGGGCGAAGAAAGGCCAGAUGGAGGCGGCGCCGCCUUCCGGGAGGCCAGGCUAGGCAGCAGGCUGGGGAGAAGCCGCUGAGAGUCUGGUGCCCCUGAGGGGUGCCGCGCUCGGGGGUCACUCUUGCCUCCAGCCUGCGUGCAGUGUGCUCGCUGCUUGGAGACGGCACAGCCUCACCCUGGCUUCAUCCGGGGGCUCUGUUAACUCACGUCUCUGCCCCCCGCCGCCCUGCUCCUCUCGGGCCACUCCGGUUCCUCUGCUGGCUGUCCUGACGGGGACUCCAGAGUGAUCUCUGCCUUGGGUGGCCCCUUAAGGUGGCUUUAGGAUUCCACCUUCAGGAUGCCAUUCCAGAACAGACACGCCUUCCGCCCUUCCGAACGCUCAGUCUUUGCUUUUCUCACUUGGAGCCCAUGGUGCUCAGAGGAGGGAGGGGUUUCCACGAGUCGCCCCAACUUGCAAAGCCCCCUGCUGUGCACCUGCCUGGCAGGGCCCUGGGGGCAGCCCUGCUUCCAGCUGGAUGCACCUCAGUGGUUUUGGGUGCGGGCGGAGCUCCAAGCUCUGCCCUGCCCCCUUGCCUCCACCCCACCUGCCUCCUGGGCUAGAGGACUGGCCUCGAGCCAGGCCCCCUGGAGGUGGGCUGCAGGGGCAGGGCCUCUGAGCCCCCCAAAAGGCCGACUGUCCGGUCAGGAGGGGAGACUGUCCCCCAGCCCGCCGUGAGGGGCUCAGCCUCAGGUUGUGACUCUGGUCCCCGUCCCCCAGUCUCCUGCCGCAGCCUUGGCUGGCUGGGUGGAGAGCACACGUGAGAAGCUCCCCAGGGUCCCCACGCCCCCGCCCGUCACCUCACACCCCCCCCACACACACCCCUGACUCCCCUCCGAGACAGCACCUCUGUGUACACACACCAGGGGGCGGGGUUCAGGGAGGAGCCCGGAUGCACUUCGUGAGCUGAAUGUAUUUUUAUGCAACUUCUGAGUGGCCUUUCAACCCUGAGGUGAAUGGUUUUGUUUUACUGGUUGUUGUUAUGUAGUAUUAUGAAGUAUUCUGUGUUUGGAAGUUUGGGAAUAAUAAUAUUCACGUCUGUAUGAUGCCUGUAAACACAACAGUAUUUAUAAAUGAGUAAAUUAAAUUGUGUUUUAACUUUG